AUGAACAAUAAUGGAGGUGGUCGGAAGAAAUCCGGCAAGGGGAAGGGCAAGAUGAAGGAAGUUGCAGAACAACAACCACUCAACCUCUUCACUGAUCUUCUCGGCGGUGGCGGUGCCGGCAACAACUUUGCUUCUCCGAUCAACGGCCACCACUUUGCUUCUCCGAUAAACGGCGCCUCCCGCAGCCACUUUGCUUCCCCAUUUAACGGUGCCUCCGGCUACCAAUUUACUUCUCCCGCCUCCGGCUACCAAUUUGCUUCUCCGAUCAACGGUGCCUCCGAGCAGUAUUCGUCGCAACUGCAGCAAAUACUCAACGGCACCGCCGCUCCCUACAAUUCCUUCACCGCACUUUUAGCCGCCGCCGCCACCCAAGACGAAGAUCACCACACGCACACUGACUUCUCCGCAGAUGUCGAAAACCAUGCACUAGAAAUCGACCGCCUUAUCACAUCCCACCGUGAGAAUCUGAGAUACGCGUUGGCCGGAACAAGGGGCGGUGCGGCGGAGGAGGGGGCGGCGGUGAAGAAACUGAAGGUGAAAGAACUCGAACUGGACGCCAAGGUGAAACAGGUGGCGGAUCUGGAGAAGACGGCGGAGCACUACCAGGCGGAGUCGGAUCAGCUUCGCGAAACCGUGUGGGCCCUGAAGGAGGAAAUCCGGUCAUUGAGGUCGUGCUUGCGCGACGUCAUCGCGGCGCGUCGCUAUGCGGAGACGGCGGAGGAGGACGCCCAGUCGUCCUGUGUGGACCCGUCCCGGGUGGCGCCGGUAACGCUCGACUGCAAGACUUGCCGGCGCCGCCCGGCGACGGUGAUGGUGUGGCCGUGCCGCCACAUCAGCGUGUGCACGGUGUGCGACACGGCCACCCGGUCGUGCCCCUCGUGCCGCAAACUUAAGACUACUAGCAUUGAAGUCCGCCUCCCUAAGACUUAAUUU